AUGGGUAUUUUCAGCAAAUUGGUCAAGACCACCGUCGCAGGCAGUAUUGCCUCGGUCGGUGUCUUCUGGGGUGCCACGCGCAAUGACGUUUUCGAAGCCAUGGACAGCUCCGAUCCCAUUUUCCAAUCAGCCUUUUACAAGAAGUUCAACCCAAACAACAACCCUACCCUUCAUGAUGUCUGCGUUCGUCGCAUUCCCCUAGACAAGAUUCAACCCUCACUGGUCGAGGAGAAGGGCAAGUUGGUGGAAGCGUUCUGUGCCGGUGUCUGGGGUGGCCUGGGAUACAUUCCCCAGCGAGCCAUCCUUGAACGAAAGUACCGCGGCCCCGAGACUGCCGGUCAUCUCUGGGACCGAUCGGACCUUCUCAAAAACAAAUACGAAGUAGGAACCAUCGUCACCGACCACUUUGAGGUCGUCGAGAAGACCGAGGACCGUAUUGUCGUUCGCUGUGGUGACUCUCCACGUAACCGUGACGUCCGUCCCUCCGAUGGCCUCUUCGAAAUCGCCGCUAAGAUCAAGCCGAAUGAAGGCGUUGCUGAGUUCAGUCUGAAGAGCUGUUUCUACCAGGGGCUCGGCAAGGCGGAAGGUGCGCCUAUGGAUGACAAAGUGGCUUGGGCACACCGUCAGUAUACUAAGUUAUUGCUGGAAACCGCCGUGUUGAAGAAGUGCAUCCGGUAG